AUGCGUAUGACGUCCUACAUUAAAUCCAUUGAUGGACGUGCUUGGUUAUCUGUACUUACUGGAUGGGAGCCUCCUACCAAAGAAGUUGAAGGGGUGAAACACGAGAAAAAUGAAGUUGAAUAUAGUACGGGUGAGAGCUCGUCGGCCAACUUCAAUUCAAAAGCUCUCAAUGCAAUUUUUGGCACGGUCGAUGAGAACAUGUUUCGCUUAAUUAGCACGUGCACUACUGCCAAAGAUGCAUGGGACACCUUGCAACGUCAUUGUGAGGGUUCAAAGAGUGUUUGUCAAACGAGGCUGCGACUCCUUGCAGCAAAAUUCGAGACAAUUCGGAUGCUCGAAAAUGAGAAUAUCUCGUCAUACACGGCCAAGUUGAAGAAUAUAGCGAACGAGUGCUACUCUCUUGGAGAACCGAUCUCGAAUGAAAAGCUUGUGGCGAAAGUAAUGAGAUCUCUUCCAAAGCGCUUCAACAUGAUGAUCACGGCGCUUGAUGUCUCGAAGGGUGUGACAACCAUUAUAUUCGAUGACCUUGUUGGCACUCUCAAGACGUUCGAGAUGAAUCUUGAGGUACAGGAUCUUGAAGAAAAAAGUGCAUCGUUCGGGAAAGGAAAAGGGAUCGCCCUUCAGUCGGUCACUAAAGAUGGUGAUGACUUAGAGAAUCUAGUUCGUGAUAUGAAGGAAAAUGAGUUUGAUGAAGAAGGAGUUGCACACAUGACGAGACGCUUCACAUCUUUGCUAAAGAGAAGAAAUUCUCAAAAUAACUCCCAAGCUUCGAGGUCCUGA